AUGACCGCGAUCGUGUCUCAGUUCGACACAGCUCACACGGCACCAAUUCUGGACACCCAGCUGGAUGAGCUCUGCCUCAGACUGGCGACGGCGUCAGCAGAUGGUUUGGUGAAGUUGUGGGAUGUGCAAUCGCCAGAGGACCCCAUCUUCCUCUGCGACUUGGAUGGUCACACUGGUCCAGUCCGACAGGCCUCCUGGGCUCCUGUCGGCACCGGAGCUGGUGCGCUCUUGCUGACCGGAGGAGACGAUGGACGCGUGUUGUUGUGGGGUCCAUGCCACGAUGCAAAGAGGUGGCAACUCGUUCACGAGGAGGACUUGAGCAGACAUGGAGAAGUCAAGGCAGUGUCCUGGGCACCGGUGAAUGUGGGAGCCGCAUUUGCGUGUGCACUCAGCGAUGGAACCGUCACAGCGACGAUCCAUCAGGGCACAGUGCGGUCAGGCGAAGCAGAUGUCGAACAUCGCUGGCAGACGCAGAGCUUCGCCAUUCAUCAGGGGGAGGUGCAUGCAGUGUCCUGGGCUUCCAGUGUCGGGCCAGAGCUUGGAAAGCUGGCUGGAGCUUGCCUUGCUUCAGCUGGUGAUGAUGGUCUACGGGUGUGGUCCAUUUUGGAUGCCGCGGCCCCGAACGACGAGACGCCGCACACAGCGAGACGUGACCCGUCGAGCACGUGGGUGGUCGAAGACCGAGUGAACCUCGAGGAGGAAGUCUGGAAGAUUGAAUGGUACCAAGCUGGAAGCCAGCUUCUGGUCACCUGCGGUACCAAGGAGUAUCGGAGCAUCCUGCUGAAGCAACAGCUUUCGGGAAAGUGGGAUGUCAUUGAUCUGAGCGGAGACGUGACGAGCCAGUGA